UGACCUUUGUUUACAAAACAGCAUCUAAAUAUUCACCUCAAUUUGUCUUCAUCUGAAAAUUUAGGAAAUGAGGUAGGUGCUUCAUUUGUUUUAUACUUUUGUUUAUUAUUCUCCUUUUGCAAUCAUAAGUUCAUAACUCUCUCACAAACACACUUCACCCUGCAUCCAAGAUGGAGAACAUCAAACACAGUCAUGUAGAAGUGAAGGGACUAAAGCUCCAUGUAGCUGAGAUUGGAACUGGUGAAAAGACAGUUCUUUUCUUACAUGGAUUUCCAGAAAUAUGGUAUACAUGGAGAUAUCAAUUGAUUGCUGUUGCAAAUGCCGGUUACCGCGCUAUUGCCUAUGAUUCUAGAGGCUAUGGACUUUCUGAUCAUCCAGCUGAACCAGAAAAAGCUACUUCAUUGGACCUUGUUCAUGAAGUCAAAGAUCUUUUAGAUUCAUUAGGCAUCAGCAAGGUUUUCCUUAUUGGUAAGGACUCUGGUGCCAUCGUAGCAAAUCUUGUACCUGUUGUCUAUCCAGAAACAGUAGCUUCUCUCAUUACUUUAGGCAUUCCUUUCAUGAAUCCUGGUCCUUCUGCUAUCCAAAACGAUCUUCUCCCAAAAGGCUUCUACAUUACUAGGUGGCAGGAACCUGGGAGAGCAGAAGCAGAUUUUGGCCGCUUUGAUGUUAAGUCGGUUAUAAGGAACAUCUAUAUUCUCUUUUCGAAAAGUGAGGUGCCAGUAGCAAAUGAUGAUCAAGAAAUCAUGGACUUGUUUAAUCCUUCUACUCCCCUUCCACCAUGGUUCUCUGAGGAAGACUUGACAGUUUAUGCAUCACUCUAUGAAAAAUCUGGCUUCAGAUUUGCAUUGCAGGUUCCAUACAGAUCUCUCACAGUGGAAAGUGGCCUAAUCGAUCCUAAAGUCAAUGUUCCCGCACUGCUGAUCAUGGGCGAGGAAGACUAUUGCUUCAAGUUUCCUGGCAUGGAAGACUACAUCAGAAGUGGGGUGGUGAAAAACUUUGUGCCAAACUUGGAAACUAUAUAUAUUCCAGAAGGAAGCCAUUUUGUUCAUGAACAAUUCCCAGAGAAAGUGAACAAGCUCAUCAUUGAAUUCCUUGACAAACAAACUAUCUGAAUGACAGAUAAUUCCCUUGUGCUUGUGUGGUUUGAGUGUGAUUUCUAUUCUGUGCAUUGUACCUCCCAUUCCAAUAAGUGAUUUGAGCAAGAACUCUGUAGGAUUUUAUUCUACAAUCAUAAACAUUUUCUACAAUGAGAUUCCUUUUAAUUUGGCAAAUAUUAGUUAAUAUUCUGUUGUAGGCGAGGACCACACUAUCUUUCUCCUAAUCACUUUACUCCGUAACUAUCUGGAUCCAAUCAUCGAACCAAUCUUAUAUCUAACGGUCCACAAUGAGAUAAAAAGGAUUACAAUCAUAAUUUGAGGACUUUUUGAAGAAUGAAAUUUGAUGAUCUAUCUAUAAAAAACUCAAUAAUCAUUGUUACAACAGAAACCAUUGCCCAGUUUCUUUCUAAUUUAAUUUCUGCUGCAGUUUACUUUCACAAGUUUCAAAGAGAAAUGCUAAUAAUACACACUUUUGAACAAUAACUGGUGCUUAAAGUUAAAGUAAAAUAAAGACACCUAGAUUUCAUCCCUAAGAUAAUUGCACAGUGAAAUGGUUGCAUUGAAAACUAACUAAAACAAACAAAAGUCUUAACUCAUAGCUAAUAAACUGCCAAAUCAGUAUACCGCGUUUGAAUUGAUGAGUUUACUUAUAAAGUCAUGUGGAUGUAAUUCAUUCUAUAGUCUAUACAUUUGUCAAACAAGUAUAUACUUUAGCAUUUUUUAGCAACCACUCAUUCCCUUAUCAUAACAUUUAUUAAACCUCACACAUGUAACAUCUUAUAUUUAAUAUUCAAUAAACACAAUUUGGCAACACUUUCUCUUUCAAUCUCAGUCCUUUCCAAAUGCCUCAACUUAAGCUACUUUUCAUUCUUCUUCACACUGUAAACAUAAUUAUAUGUUGUGUUUCCACUACUGAAUUUGUCUAUAAUACAAACUUCAACUCAACAAAUAUUAGCCUAUAUGGAAAUGCAACCAUUCAAAAUUCCAUUCUCACUCUCCUUAAUGAUACUUCCACUUCCUUCUCAAUAGCUCGUGCUUUUUACCCUCACAAAGUACCUACAAAACCCCCAAACUCUUCCACACUUCUCCCCUUUGUUACUUCCUUCAUUUUCGCGGUUUCUCCUACCAAACACUUUAUCCCAGGACAUGGCUUUGCCUUCAUAUUCACAUCUUCAAGAGAUCUAAAUGGAACAACAUCAACCGAGUAUAUCGGUUUACUCAAUUUCAACAAUGAUGGUAACUCUAACAACCAUGUUUUUGCAGUUGAAUUUGAUAUUGUUAAAAACGAACAAUUCAACGAUACAAAUGAUAAUCAUGUUGGUAUUGAUGUAAACUCGCUUACAUCUUUAACUUCACAUGAGGCUGGCUACUGGGGUGGAAAAUAUGGCAAUGAAUUUAAGGUGCUGAAGAUGAAAAGUGGAGAAAACUAUCAAGUAUGGAUUGAGUUUAACCAUUCUCGUCUAAACGUUACAAUGGCUCGGGCAGGGCGAAAGAGGCCUCAUGUGCCUCUUAUCAGUAUGAAUCUUAACCUUUCUGGGGUUCUUAUGGAUGAAACUUAUGUUGGAUUCUGUGCAGCCAAUGGGGUGAAAAAAGAUAGUGUUAAGAUUCUUGCUUGGAGCUAUAGUAAUAAGAAUUUUUCAAUUGGUGAUGCUUUAGUUACACACAACUUGGCUUCAUUUGUCCCUCAAAAAGGAUGGUUUUCUGGAGGAAAUGCUAUAGCUGUAGAAAUAACUAGUGUUGUGUGUGUAUUAAUUAUCAUUGGUUGUGCUGCGUUAUUCAUUCUCUAUAGGGGAAAUAAAGAAGAAGAGAUUGAAGAUUGGGAAAUAGAGUAUUGGCCACAUAGGAUUAGUUUCCAAGAGAUUCAUGCAGCAACAGGAGGGUUCUCUGAAGAGAAUGUGGUUUAUGUAACAGGGAACAAAAGUGUACAUAAAGGGAUGUUGCAAGGAGUUGAAGUCGCGGUCAAGAGAAUCCCUCACCAAAGAGAAGGGAUGAGAGAGUUUUUGGCUGAGGUUUCAAGCAUAGGAAGAUUGAAACACAGAAAUUUAGUAGGAUUUCGAGGUUGGUGCAAAGAAGACAAAGAAAACUUGAUUCUAGUGUAUGAUUUCAUGAACAAUGGAAGUUUAGACAAAUGGAUAUUUGAGUGCGAAGAAGGAAAGAUGCUAACAUGGGAAGAGAGGGUUAAAGUUUUGAAAAAUGUAGCCGUGGGGAUUCUAUACAUGCAUGAAGAUUGGGAAGUUACGGUCUUGCAUAGGGACAUCAAAGCAAGCAAUGUUCUACUUGACAAGGACAUGAAUGCUAGAUUGGGGGAUUUUGGUUUGGCUCUUAUGCAUGAGCAUCAUGGAGAAGUGGCUA